GUAUAAAAAACAAAAAUGGCUGCUGACGUAUAAUAGCAUGUCAGCGUGUCAUUCUUCACUGCUGGAAGUCUCCAGUCUAAGCGUGACUUCUAUGCUGAUAAAAUGUCCCGAUUAUGGCUGAAUUUUUGUUUGUUGUCAUUUGUUACCUCCGUAGCUCCUCAAAGUAAUUUAUCAGCGUCAUUUCGCAAUGCCAAAUUUGAACAUUCUGCUAAAACUCUGUCCAACUCAGAAGUCCGAACUCUCGCUUCUCUGUCAAAUGUGUCGCAUGUUGAAGAACUUUUAAAUGAAAUUUGUAUUGUCCGAGUUGUCGGAAGUUUGAAUCAUGCCAAAGUUAAAAAUUACAUAAAAAAAACAAUGAGAAACCUCGGCUGGAGUUUAGAGACAGACGAGUUUUACGACGUAACUCCAACAUUUGGAAAACUUAAAUUUGAAAACAUAAUUACGACGCUUAAUCCAAAUGCUAAGAGAUAUUUAACUCUAGCCUGUCACUACGACUCGAAGUACUCGAGAGAAGGUAAUUUUGUUGGGGCUACAGACAGCGCAGUACCUUGCGCUCAAUUACUCAACUUGGCUACUGUUAUGCAAAAACAGUUGGAACCGCUCAAGCAUGCUGAAUUAAGCCUCAUGUUUAUAUUCUUCGAUGGAGAAGAAGCUUUCGAUACCUGGGGACCCACAGAUUCAAUUUAUGGAGCUCGACACUUGGCCGAUAAAUGGCAUUCUGUAAAACAAACUUAUGGAGACGAAGAUGACAUCAGCAAUUUGGAUAAAAUGGAUGUCUUGGUACUGUUAGAUUUAAUAGGAGCAACAAAUCCUAAUUUUUACAACUUUUUCGACAGUACGGUUCGUUGGUACUCUCAAUUGAUUUUAGCAGAAAAAAGUUUGGCCGAUUUAUCAUUAUUGAAAAACUAUUUUGGACACAUACCUUCUCGGAAAUAUUUCCAGCCCCAGUCUGUGAACUCGUACAUCGAAGAUGAUCACAUACCUUUUCUUAAAAAAAACGUACCAAUCCUUCAUUUAAUACCGCACCCAUUUCCGGACGUCUGGCACAAGCCGAGUGAUAAUUUGCGAAACAUCGAUCUGACGACUACAGAAAACUUGAAUAAAAUUCUACGGCUGUUUGUGGCUAGUUACUUUAAACUCAGUGUAUAAUCAAAAAUCUUUUAGUUAAAAUUUAUUGUUUGUUUUAGUAAAUUACUUAAAAAAAAUAAUUGUGUAAGUACUUAACUUUUAAUUUGUAAAGUUUUGUUGAAUUUACAGAAUUUACUGCUAAUUAGUAAUAGUGAACUAUUGUUGAUAGAUUAACGUUUUUUUAUUUAAAUUUUAUGCAGUAUAUGUACAUAUUUAAAUAAAUGUUUAUACCAUGGAUA